UCGAAAAGUGGCCAACAGAACGUUUUGUACAGGAACCACGAGAAACAUAACCUGGGAUUGGGAUUUGUGUUCAGUGUCAAAUUUGACACGUCGAAACCGGUUAAUUUUCCUGACUAUGCGUUAGAGCUCAACGAGUCCUUUUGUUCAGAACAGUUUCCGUAUGUAAUGCUGUUACAAUGAUGUACACCUUUGCUUUGGACAGGUCAUGAUCACUAAUCAUAACAAACAUGCUUUAGAGGUGUUGGUUGUAAUGGAGGAGCUGAAUUUGAAGAAUGGCUGGGAGACCCUCCCCCGGUAACAGGAAGAGUGGACGACGUAGAAGAAAACACAAAGCAAGGAUGUCAAAUAAAGGUGAUGGAGAAGAAGAGGGUGAGGAGGAGGAAGGAGAACAGCUUUAUACCAUGGAUGAUGAUGACACUGUUCAACUGGUGGUGAAUUCAGAGCAUCCUUCAAGGAAAAAAAUCAAGAGGAAAAAGCUGCAGAUGCCAAAUAGUAUUGAGGAGGACUCUGUUGCAGAGAAUGUCUGGCUAACAACCAUUCAAGUUUUUGUACCCUUUCUCGUUGCCGGGCUGGGUAUGGUUGGAGCUGGUUUGGUUCUAGAUGUUGUGCAGCAUUGGGAUGUAUUCCGAGUUGUGACUGAAGUUUUUAUAUUAGUACCUGCUUUAUUGGGCCUCAAGGGAAACCUUGAAAUGACUUUGGCAUCACGUUUGUCAACCCAAGCAAAUUUAGGCAUUAUGGAUAGUCGCAAAGAGCAGUGGAAACUGAUAGCUGGCAAUAUGGCUCUUAUUCAGUGUCAAGCCAUUGUAGUUGGGUCUCUAGCUGCCAUUGCUGCUGUUGUAAUGGGCUGGAUACCGAAUGGAGAGUUUGAAUUUGACCAUGCAUUGCUGCUUUGUGCUAGCUCCAUGCUAACUGCUUCCCUUGCCAGCUUUGUUCUUGGUAUGAUUAUGGUGGCUGUGAUUUUGUUUUCUCGCUGGGUGAACAUAAACCCAGAUAAUGUUGCCACUCCAAUUGCUGCAAGUUUGGGUGAUCUGACUACUUUAGCCCUGUUAUCAUGGAUUGCAUCUAUGUUAUUUGAAGCCAUAGGUCAAAACCAUUGGUUGGCACCCGCCAUAAUCCUGGGAUGCCUUUUUCUUACACCAUUGUGGGGCUAUAUUGCUGCCUCUAACCAUUACACCAAAGAAGUUCUGGACAGCGGUUGGACUCCAGUCAUAUCGUCCAUGGUUAUAAGUAGUGCUGGAGGUUUAAUUCUGGAUUUUACUGUGAGUAAUUUCAAAGGAAUAGCAGUAUUCCAACCAGUGAUCAAUGGUGUUGGAGGAAAUCUGGUUGCUGUUCAAGCAUCUCGCAUUUCAACAUCUUUACAUCAAAGAGGACAUCCCGGUUAUUUUCCUCCUGGAACACCUGCCCUGUGUCUCAGUCCAUUUGCUGCCUUCUGUGGUUCAGGUAGCCAUUCAAGAACCGCAAGAGUACUUCUUGGUAUGGUCAUCCCUGGACAUCUUAUAUUCUCCUACACUAUCAGCUAUUUACAUGCUGGACAUACUUCCUUCACAGCGAUUUUUAUGCUAAUCUAUCUUGCAGCUGCAGUUCUUCAGGUGAUACUUCUUUUGUACAUUGCACAUGUGAUGACUCUUUGGAUGUGGAAAGAAGGAAUUGAUCCAGACAAUUCUGCCAUACCUUACUUAACAGCUAUUGGUGACCUCUUAGGAACUGGCCUGCUGGCUUUGGCCUUCCAGUUACUGUAUUUGAUUGGUGAUAGAGACAGUGAUGUGGGUGACUGAGAGCAUUGCUCGUUUAGAGACUGAAUCAGAGCCUGUGAUGAGUUUUGUGGGGUUGUUUCCAAGUGUGCCUCCGAUGUAUUUAUGCAUCUUAAUACUUAAUGUUUUAUGUGUUGAUAAUGUUAAAUGUGCCAGUAAGUGCAGCUACUGCACCAUUGUUUUUAAUAUAAAAAGCACAUUGUGUUCCAUAGAGGCCAUGAUACUUUUUAAUCAAUUGUUCUUUACCCUCAUUUAAUGUUCCUAGAAAAAUUGGUAUCAUCAAAUUUUCCUUGAAGUGGGACAAUCCCAUCUUAUUCUUUCAAGUGAAACUCUGUACCAUACUUUAUGCCAAAUCAAAUUUUGCUUUUCCUUCAUUCUUUUGAGUAGAAGAGGAUUAAGGGUAAAGAAUGACUGCCUAAUGUUAAGUACCAAUUUCUUUGGUAUCCUUGUUAUUCUUGUUUUCUUUUUUAAUGGGUGCUUAGUGUGUUUUCACACUCCCCUCUGCUAUGUUUUGAAUAAUGAAAUGUUUUAAUAUUUCUCCUACAGAGUGACUGUUUGAAUUUUAGAAACCCUUACCUGCUUUAAGAGGAACUUUUUCUGUACUUGAUUAUCUGAGUUGCAGUGUUUUAAGUUUUGUUUUUAUUGUUAUAAUUUCAAUAAAAAGUGUAUAAAAUUUAAA